CAUGUGUUCAUGGAGGAGAAGAGCAUCUUAAUGGCAAAUCAGGAUGAAGAUGAAGAUGAAGAUGAAGAUGGUGACCAAAGGUGGGUCAUUCUGGUAUCCAUCAUCAUACGCAAGAUCAUUGCUCUCUUUAGAAAGCCCAUGGAGUGGAGUGGUUUCAUCAUUGAGUUCCUACUCAACCUCAUCUCACUUAAUGGUGGCUUCCUUGGCCUCCUCAUCAACCUUCUCUCAGGGAACGUUAGAAUGCCAAGAAGAGGUUCAGAAACGUUCAUGAGUGGCAUUGGACAUCUGGAUUCACGUGUUAAUCUUUACAAGAAGAGUGAAGAGACUUUUGAGAUUGGAAGCAAAGCUUUGAUGGAUCUUUGCAUGAUGGCUUCUAAAUUAGCUUAUGAGAAUGCCAAUGUCGUCCAUAACAUUAUAGUGAACCAUUGGAAGAUGCAUUUUGUGGAUUUCUAUAAUUGCUGGGAUGAUUAUCAGAAGGAAGAAUCAACACAAGUGUUCAUGUUAUGUGACAAGGCAAAAGAUGCUAGUCUGAUACUGAUAAGCUUCCGAGGAACUGAGCCUUUCGACGCAAAUGAUUGGUGCACUGAUUUUGAUUACUCAUGGUAUGAAAUACCCAAAAUGGGGAAAGUUCAUAUGGGUUUUCUGGAGGCUCUGGGAUUGGGUAGCAGAGCUCAGGUCUCCACAUUCCAUGCAAAUUUCCAACCAAAAGAUCAUGCUUGUGCAUUGAAGGAUGCUUCUCCAGAUGAUUAUGAUGAUGAGAAGAAGAUAACAGCAUACUAUGCAGUGAGGGAGAAGCUGAAAAGCUUGUUAUCUGAGCACAAGAAUGCAAAGUUCAUUGUAACAGGGCACAGCUUAGGUGGUGCAUUAGCAAUCUUAUUUCCAGCGGUGCUGUUGUUCCACAAUGAAGAGGAGCUGAUGAACAAGAGUUUCAUGGGAGUGUACACAUUUGGACAACCAAGGGUAGGUGAUAAGCAGUUGGAAAAGUUCAUGGAUGCUCAUGUAUGCCAUCCGGUGCCCAAGUAUUUCAGGGUGGUCUAUUGUAAUGAUCUGGUUCCCAGGUUGCCUUAUGAUGACAAGACCUUCUUGUACAAGCACUUUGGCCUCUGCCUUUACUAUAACAGCUUCUACAUUGAGCAGAGGGUGGAUGAGGAGCCCAAUAGGAACUACUUUGGAUUGAGAUAUCUGUUGCCAUUGUACCUAAAUGCAGUAUGGGAACUGGCAAGGAGCUUGGUAAUGGGAUGUAUCUAUGGAGCAGAGUAUAAGGAGACCUGGCCUUCAAUCUUGCUCCGGAUCUGGGGACUGGUAAUGCCUGGUAUUUCAGCACACAGCCCUACAAACUAUAUCAACAGUAUAAGAUUGGGAAGAGAAGACAAUAUUGCUCUUUGAACAAACACACAUUUAUAUUGCCCAUUUGCCCAGCUGUGUUCUGUUGUAUACCUUCUGUGUCUAUUUUCCCUGGAAAUUUCAGGUGAACUUCACACUACUAACAAAUAGA